AUGUAUGUUCAUAGAUGUCGGUUCGUUGAAUAUACACCUGCAACGAUCAAUGCUUUGGCUUUUACACCAUUAUCAACCCAGCCACUCCUUGCAUGUGGUCGAGCCAAUGGUGAGAUUGAAAUAUGGAAUCCCACUCAACGUUGGAAUUUAGAAAAGAUAAUUCCUGGUGCAAAAAACACGUCUGUUGAAGCUUUAACUUGGGUGCAUCAGACUGCCUCAAAAGAAACAGAUAACUAUCACUCUCAAACUAUGGAAAAACAAGAAGAGUCUGUUUGGUGUAUGUCGACAAAUAAUGCAAAUACAUUACUUGCUAUCGGUUGUGAUGAUGGAGGACUGCGCAUCUUUGACAUUAAUGAUGAUGGGCUAGUUCUAAUUAAAACCCUCAUGAGAAAUGAUGCCAAAGUUAUGGCACUGGCUUGGGAUCAUGAUGACAAAUUUAUCAUUUCUGGCUCAUCUGAUAGUAAUAUUAUUAAAUGGGAUGUUCAUAACGCACGAGUAAUUCAAAGGAUGACUGUGGAUACUAUCAAAGGCAAAGAUAAUAUAGUUUGGGCGAUUAAUAUCCUUAAAGAUGGCACAAUCGUUAGUGGCGAUUCGUUAGGCAACAUCUGUUUUUGGGAUAGUGAACAUGGCACUAUGUUACAAAAAUUUAAAGCACAUGAUGCAGAUGCGCUAUGCUUGGUGUCAAAUAAAGAAGGUACUAUGGUCUUUUCAUCUGGAGUAGAUCGUAAAUGUAAUUUAUUUCGUAUGACCGACCAUUUCACUGCACAAUCAUCUAAUGAUGCUGAUUCAAAUGAAAAUAAUUGGAUUUUGGUGGGGUUUCGAAGAACACAUUUACAUGAUGUAAAAGCAAUUGCUUUAAGAGAGGAUUUAAAUGAUAAAUUUUUUGUUUCUGGGGGCGUGGAUACUUCAAUUUUGGUUUCACAUUUUGAUAGUUUUCCCGAAGACAAACUCCAACGACUACCUUUUAUUCCUCAAAAACCUUUGAUCAGUAUUUCAAAAUCAAAAAAGCUUUUGAUGUAUCGAAGCAUUAAUCAGAUCAAGAUGUGGAGAUUGGGUAGUGGUAAGGAUAUAAUGCAACUAAAAGACUCUUGGCAACUUGAACAGAUUCCAAACCUGGAUUUAAUUGAACCACAGAAAGCAAUUUUGGAAAUGACCUUGAAGGGUAAUAAUCAUCUCAUGGCAAGUGCGUUGUCGGAAGAUGGUGAAUGGAUUGCAGUUUCUGAUGUAGAAACAAUAAAAGUGUUUAAAAUCCAAAACGAUAUCGAAAAUCCGGACCGUGUUGGUGUUAAAAAGGUCCAAUUGCCAAAAAUAUUUAUGAACGGUUGUUCUGCAGGAGCACAUCACCUUUUGUUCACUUUGAACGGAAAAAAACUUGUGAUAGUUCAUAAUGACUCUUCAAUAACAAUUGCUGAACUCGACAAUUGUCAUUAUAAAGAAAUUAAAAUACUUAACCAAUUUUAUGAACAUGCUCAACCACUUGAUGGAAAUACAACGGUUGUCAGCUCUAUAGCUGUGAGCGGCGAUAGUCGAUGGCUUGCAGUAGGUGAUCUUUUGAACAGAAUUAGCGUGUAUAAUUUAGAAACUCUUAAGGUAAAUCCUGAUAUAAUUUAUGGUUACAAAACAAUUGAUCUUCAUUCAACACUUCCCGAAUUCUCUUCAACUCACACAACAUUGGCUUUUUAUCCAACAAAACCUACUCUUGUGAUCACUUUAUCUUCCAAUGAAUUUUUCCUUUAUGACAUUGAAUCACAAAAACUUGAUGAUUGGUCACUAACGUAUUCCAAAAGUCUACCAAAAACAUUUCUCAAUUUAGAAAAUAGGCUUGUUGGUUGCGCAUUUAAUCCUGCAAAUAAUGAUGCAAUUAUACUUUGGGGUGCUAAUUAUUUUUGUCAUGUUGAUUUUGACAAAUGUCGUAAAGAUAAAGGGCAUCAACCACAUUUGGUUACGUGUACAGGAUUGCGGGAAAAACCAAAAAAUAAAGCAAUUGAACAAGUACCAAAACAGAAUGGUCUAACAAAAAAGAGAAAAAGGGACAAAACUGAAAAAAUUAUAAAAAGGGCCAGAACUGAAAGAAUGAAUAAUUUUCAACUUGUUUAUAGAUAUCGCUCAUUAAUGUAUGUUGAUUUUAUCGAACCCAAUACUAUGAUAGUGGUAGAAAGGCCAUUUGCUACUAUUUUGGAAAAUUUACCACCCUCAUUUUACAAAGCUCAAUAUGGUUCUUGA